CAGAUGCUCAUCAUAACUGCUGCAAGAGGGGAAGAAGGGAGGAACCGACAGCCUGGCACAUAAGGAAGUACAAUCACGGCAAGUUGUGUGUCAAAAGACAGUAGUGGUGUGGUUCUUCCCCCCUGCCCAGCUGAGCAAAAAAACAGUGAAGUGCCUCCUUGUCAAAAGGAUUUUCCUGUGUCAGCAGCUGCCAAGAAGCAACAUCCUCAGUGGAACGAUGACGGGCAAAAAGAAGAUCAGCCUUCCAGCAAAAUUAAUCAACGGAGGUAUAGCCGGGCUUGUGGGGGUGACCUGCGUCUUCCCUAUUGAUUUAGCCAAAACACGACUCCAGAACCAGCAAGGACAAGGCGUCUACAGUGGAAUGCGGGAUUGUUUGGUGAAGACCAUUCGCUCAGAAGGGUUCUUCGGCAUGUAUCGAGGAGCUGCUGUAAAUCUAACCCUGGUCACUCCUGAAAAAGCAAUCAAGCUGGCAGCCAAUGAUUUCUUCCGGCAGUUGCUCACCCAGGAUGGGAAAAAGCUGACAUUGGUGAGGGAGAUGCUGGCUGGCUGUGGAGCUGGGACUUGCCAGGUGGUGGUCACAUCCCCAAUGGAAAUGCUGAAAAUCCAACUCCAGGAUGCUGGACGGCUAGCUGCUCAUCAGCAGAAGGCGUUGAGACAGGACGGUCCAGCUGCCUCCACCUCCCAUCCACCGCCAGGACAGCCUCACGCUUCUGGGUCCACGGCAGCCUCCCAACGGCCCUCUGCCGCUCUGAUUGCCAGAGACCUCCUGCGAACCCAGGGACUAGCAGGCCUGUAUAAAGGGCUGGGGGCCACCCUGCUCAGGGAUGUUCCUUUUUCCAUUAUAUAUUUCCCACUCUUUGCCAACAUCAACGAGCUGGGGCAGAAGCAACACGAAGAAAAAGCUUCUUUCUUGCACUCCUUCAUGUCUGGCUGCGUGGCAGGAUCCGUGGCUGCAGUGGCAGUAACCCCACUGGACGUUCUAAAAACCCGAAUUCAAACCCUCAAGAAAGGCCUCGGAGAGGACACCUAUAAUGGGAUCAUCGACUGUGCCAGGAAGGUCUGGAUUCAUGAGGGCCCGGCUGCCUUCAUGAAAGGGGCCGGAUGCCGAGCGCUGGUGAUCGCUCCUCUGUUUGGCAUAGCUCAAGGGGUCUAUUUCAUUGGCAUUGGAGAGUACAUUUUGGGAUUUUUUCAGUAGCACCCACUCUGGCUGAGCCGACCACUAACCAAGACUGCACAAGCUCUCUAAGCCGACUGUUAGAAGGGCAGGACUGUCCUGUGGACACAGACCGACCGACCGACCGCAAGCAAGACGCCAGGCUUCUCCUGCCCCGGGAAGAGGAUGCUCAGUGCUACAUCACGAUGUCCGGCGUUCUGUUUCCUAGUAACAAACUCAUGAGCCACAGGGAGGGCGAACUGGCAACACUGACCCCUUGUACUCUUAGGGCUGCAAUCUUACGUUAAUGCAACUGAGUAAAUACCACCGAGCUUGUUUAUACUUCUGCAGAAAUGGGCACGGGACCAGAAACACUUCUCCUCUGAUUGGACCGAAGGCUGCUCUUCAAAACUAGGAGAUCUAGCGUCUGAUCCUGAAAACAAGGUAUGGGACAGCAGCAGAGGUGUCCGAAGCCCUCACCACCCGUAUGAACAGCCAUCCUUGAUGGAGACGGGGCAGAGCUUAUGUGUGUCUUUGCACACGACAGUCAAGGAAGUCCUACUCUUUUAGCCAUUUAUGUUGUUCUUUUGCUUUGACGGAGUUCGGUGUUCUGACGCCUUUCUUUUCCUUGCCCUGAUUCUCUAAAAAUGGGGGUGGGGGGGAGGAGAGGAUGCAGUAGUGAUUGCAUGUCGACCACCAGGGGCUGAGUAGUAAUUCAGAGCUUGUUUGUUCUAAGCCCAAACCGCCAUAUCUCACCAACAGUCAGGUCAGACAAGACUGAACAAGGUUAGCUUUUUAAAGUGGUCUUUUCCUUUGCAUCAGAGCUGUUUUAGUGGCUGGGACUUCUUUAUA